AUGAAAUUAACAAGUAGAAUAAUGAUAAAUAUUAAUAUAAAAAGAAAUGGUUAUAAACAAUUAAAAUUAAUGCAAGAAAAAGGUAUAUUUGUAUUAAUUAUGAAAUGUAGUAUUUAUAAUGAUAAAAUAUCAUCAACUGAACAUAUAUCAUUAAAUUGUAUUGUAAAUAAGAAGGUACAAAUAGAAAAACAUGAUUUAAUAAAAGAAUAUAUAUGGAGAUGUGAUAAAUUAAAAUAUAAAAUAAAUAUAAUAAAUGAUAAUGAAAUAAAGAAUAAAACAAGAGAGAAUAAUGAAAAUAAUAUUUAA